AUGACAGAAGAAAUUGCUUAUUCGAUAUCAACUGUUUCAACUCACGAACAAAAUGAUGAAAUAUCUGAGGUUUCAGCAACAGAAAAAUUGGUUAUUGAAUCAAUGAUAAUAACACCAACGUCAGUUAAUCGUACAUUUGCACCAUUAAAUACACCUUUAUACCGUCGUCGACAAACUUUAGCAAUUCUUGUAUGGUUUCUUAUGCCAUGGACUUGUCUUUAUAUAUCAUUUGUACUUCUCCGUAGUCAUAAUUGGUAUAUUGUUACUGCAUUUAUUACUUAUUUAACAUGGAUGGUUUUUUUUCAAAAAUAUCCACGACAAGGUGGAUUGAAACAACAAUGGCUUCGACGACUUCAAUGUUGGAAAUGGUUUGCUGAGUAUUUUCCAAUACAUUUACAUAAAACAUGUGAUUUACCACCAGAUCGUCCAUAUAUAUUUGGUUAUCAUCCUCAUGGAAUAAUUUCAUUAGGUGCUUUCUGUAAUUUUGCUACUGAAGCCACUGGUUUUGAACAAAAAUUUCCUGGUAUUAAUCUUCGUUUACUUACAUUAAAAGCAAAUUUUCGUAUACCAUUUUAUGGUUUCUAUUUAUCUAUGAUGGGUUUAUGUGAUGCAUCAAAAGAAUCAUGCAAUUAUGUAUUAGAAAAAGGCAAUGGUAAUAGUAUACUGUUAGUUUUAGGUGGUGCAAAAGAAUCUUUAGAUGCUCAUCCAUCAAAUGAAUAUUUUUUAACAUUAAAAAAUCGUAAAGGUUUUGUUAAAAUUGGUUUAGCUAAUGGUGCAAAUCUUGUACCAAUUUUUUCUUUUGGUGAAAAUGAUCUUUAUGAUCAAAUAGCAAAUCCACGUGGUUCAAAAGUACGAGAAGUACAAAUAAAAAUUCAAAAACGUUUAGGUUAUGCAACACCAUUCUUUAAAGGUCGUGGUAUAUUUCAAUAUGCAAUUGGAUUUAUGCCAAAUCGACGUGAUGUCAAUACAUAUGUUGGUGAACCCAUUGAAUUACCAAAACUAGCACGUGAUCAAAUUACACCAGAAGUUAUUGACAAAUAUCAUGAAGAAUAUAUGGAGUCAUUAAAACGUUUAUUUGAUACACAUAAAGCAAAACAUGGCAACGCCGAUGCAACAAUUAAGUAUAUUAAUGAUAAUGAAUGA